GUUCAGUCCCUUAAUACUUCUCAUUGACUAAGGUAUAACAGUAUACCUAUAUAUAUAUAUAAAUCAUUACACAAAUCAAUAACAAAGUUUUACAAUCCCCAAGGGAAAUGGGACUGAUUAUUAAAAGAGACGCUUUUGGCCUUCGAUCCUUGGCCAUCUUCUUCUUCUGUUUUGUACUUCUCUCUCUUUCGUCAAGAUCUGUAGAAGCUUACAAGAACUACACAGUUGGGGACUCCCUCGGAUGGUACGACAAAUCAGAAAAACCUACUGUUAAUUACCAGAAAUGGGCUGAUGGCAAGAACUUUAGCUUGGGAGAUUUUCUCAUUUUCAACACCAACACCAACCACACAGUGGUCCAAACCUUUAACGAAACGACAUACAAGCUCUGCGACUACGACGAUGCCUCAGAUAAAGACACCACCCAGUGGAUCACGGCGGACCCCUCAAACACAGCCACCAGUCCGAUCACAGUAGCGGUUCCACUCUUGAAAGAAGGCAAGACCUUCUUCUUCUCCGGCGACUACGACGGUGACCAGUGCAUCGCCGGCCAGCGAUUCCAGAUCUCUGUCGCUCACGGCAAAGGCCUCCCCAAGAGUCUCCAAGAGCCCACUGAUGAUUCCCCUGGUCCCGUCAGUCCACAGUCCGGAGACGACGAGGGCGAUCCGGCUCCGGACACCAUCGUUCCUUCCAAUUUCAAUCAUCCAAAAGAGGUGGCGUCCGACGACAACGAACGGCCCUCGGAUUCGUCUGCAUCGGCUUCGUUGUCGUUUGUGGAUCGGCUGUCGUCUACAAUCUUCGUGGUUGGUUUACGACUUGUUUGGCUUUUUUAGUUUGAAUUCUAAUUACCUGUUUAUUUAUUUAUUUAGAUAUAUAUUACAUAUAUAGAAGAGAGUGCGAUUGGAGAUUGGGUUUUUUACGGGAAUAAUUAAGAUUCAUUUUCCGGUGCGAGUGUGUGUAAGUAAUUCACUAGUGUAGAAUUUUGCGUUGUGCUGUAUAUAAUUACUAAUCAUAUAUGUUGAAGUUUCCAAGGAAUGAUGUAAAGCCACGUGUUCUUGUGCCAAGUAAAAAUUAGUUUUAUUUGGGAUAUUUGUGGCUUAACAUUGGAAGCUUCAAAGUAUUAAAAAUGAGAGAUAGUAUAUCAUAUUUAUAGUAAAUACCAUAUCAUAUUUGUGGCUUAACAUCA